AUAUUUUAUUACUUUUAGACAACAAUAAAAAGUGUCACAAAAAGAAAGACUUGUUAAGCAUAUGUACAAUAACAAAGUUCGCAUAAAAUUUGGCUAGCAAAUUUCAAGACUGGCAACAAAACGUGGCAAAAUAGUUGUCUACUAACGGUAAACAUUGUGCCGCGCAAUAAAAGUCAAGUGCGUGGCACUUAACAUUCACUUGAAGUGGCAGCCGGAGCACGAAGGAGCGAGGUAAAGUGAGUCGUUGACAAAGUAACGCAUUGCGCGAUAAGAGACAAAGUGAGGAAGGAGGAGGAGAAGAAGAAGAAGAAGUCGAAGUACCACCAUCCAACAACGCUCGAUAAACGACAAAAUGAGCAGCACGAACAGCAGCAGGAGGAGGGGAAGUGACAGCAGCAACCGGAGCUGUAACAGUAUCAAAGAGCUGAUAGCGCAACUAUUGCUGCUUAUCAGCUUGACAUCAGGCUUGCCGGGAAUCGAGUGCUUUCAGCGAUUUUCGGAACAGCCCACAUACACUGAGGUGAAUCCGCAUGAGGAUGCUUUGCUCACAUGCAAAGUAAUCGAUAAACGUGGCUCGUGCUCUUGGCAAAAGGAUAACAAGCCUGUGGGCAUCUACCCGAAGAAAUACGAAUGGGCCGCACGUCCGUCCAGCAGCAGUGGCGUCUUACAUCUGGAUCUACAUCCGCCACCGCCCAUGCAAAUCGGCGGCGACUGCUCCUUGUGGAUACGCUCGGCUACGCUGGACUUCGAUGACGGCCUGUGGGAGUGCCAGGUGACGGCCAGUGAGUUUACCGCACAGGAUGCGCUGACCAGUCAACCGGUGCGAUUGGUAGUACGUGUGGCGCCACAACGUCCACGUCUCGAGUAUGAGGGCGCACCAUUGCCGCCAGGACAUAACAUCACUGUCGACGCCGGCGCCAUGGCGACGGUCAAAUGUGCCUCACAUUAUGGUAAUCCGCCUGCAACGCUCAGAUGGUAUUUGGGCGACCAGGAAAUCUCACCUAUCCACCCUCAAGUAAAUGCCACUGAACCGGAUAACACACGCACCUGGUCAGCCACCUCAGUUGUCCAGGUGUCCGCCAUGAGAGAGCGACACGGCGACACUCUGCGCUGCGUUGCCUUCCAUGAUAACUACGAGGCCAAAUCUAUACCAGUCGAGGCCCGCAUGGAUGUCAAAUACGCUCCAACCAUUCGUCUAAUUGGCUCACCGGAAAUCGACUUGGAAGAGGAUAAGGAUGCGCUUGUGCUGCGCUGCGUGGCCGAUGCCAAUCCGCCGGCCAGCAUCGUUUGGCGACGUGCCGGACGCUCUGAGAUAGCCAGCUUGCAGGAAACUCUGCAAUUGCGCCCUGUUGGACGACGGGACGCCGGACUGUACACCUGCCAGGCACAGAACUCGGUGGGAACCUCGGAGCAGCUGUCAGUGCAGCUGGACGUGAAAUAUCCACCCAAAAUUGUCUCAGCCGGACCGGACCGUCUCACCACAGCACCACUUUUCAGUCCUGCCGCCUUCGAGUGCGUCGCCGAUGGAAAUCCCAUGCCCACUUAUAAAUGGGUUCAGAGAAUAUCACACGGCUCGAAGUAUGUGGAGCGGGGCAACGAGGCGCGUUUGGUUAUCGAUAACGUCACCUAUGAGUACCAAGGGGAAUACGAGUGUCGCGCCACCAGCUACAUCAAUGGCCAGGAACGUAUAUCCAUAUCCGAUCCAGUGUCCCUACAAGUUGUGGGUGCCCCGCAGGUGCUUCGCCUGCAUCCAUCCAUGCACACGGUCUCUGUGAAGCGCGGCGAGUCCGCCAGUCUGACGAUGGUCGUCUGUGCGGAUCCGAGGCCACAGCGCGUUGCCUGGGAAUGGGGUUCGCUGCGUCUGGAGGCUGGUUCGGGCAUAGACCGCUUCCGUGCCGAGGAUAUGCUGCAGGAUACCAGAGAGGAUUGCUACCUAUCCACAUUGCAAAUACACCACACAGAUGAGCACGACUCGCGUCCAUAUUAUCUCGUCGUUGAGAACGAACGAGGCACCGAUCGCCAUGCCAUUCAUUUAAUUGUGGAGGGUACGUUUGCAGAACCUUUGGAGAUGAGCUACCUUCUGGGUGUUGCUGGCGGCUGUAUGGCCGCCAUUUUGAUACUGAUCUGUCUAUGCAUCUAUGCCAUAAAGAGCAAGAAGUGCUGCUUCAAGGGUUCCACCGGCUGCUCGUCAUCAGGACAGGACAGUGAAAAGGCUGAUUUGAAAUCACGCUCGGAUAGCACAAGUGGCCCCCAAGGGGAUUCAAUUUACACAACGCCCGCCGGCUUCCAUCAUCACCAACAGCAGCAGCAGCAGCAGCAGCAGCAACAUCAUCAACAUCAGCAGCAGCAGCAGCAGCAACAUCAGCAGGCAGUGGCAGCGGCGGCGUUGCAUGCCGCGUCACAACAUCCGCAACAGCAAUAUCCAGGACAUGGCUCGCCGGAGGCAAUGAAGAGCGUGCCAGUGCUGCGCACAUUUGGCGGUCAUCAUAUCGCGUAGCGGGAGCUUAAUGUGGCAGCAACAACAUGCUCAUCAUCGGCAACCACCAUAACAACACCAACAGGCACACCACCAUUGCCACCGCUGCCCAACACGUUCAUUGCGAUCAAAACGAAAAACGACAACGGCAUCAAUCACAGCAGCAACAAUCUAACGUUGCACAGUGGCAGCAAUAGUUUCAAAUCGAACGGCAGCAACAACAACUCAAACCGAAGGUCGCCCAAUGCACAACAGCAGCAGCAACAACAACCACCGCCAUUGCCAAUGAAAAAUGGUGCCAAACAGCAACAACAUAACGCCGACUCGCAUUAUCAACAUCUGAGCUACAAUAUGACACAUUUGCAACACUUUAACUCGCUCGAUCAUCAGCAGCAACCACAUCAAUUCCAUGCUGUACGCAGCAACAAUACGCUCGAUCGCAAGCAACUAAAGCAACAGCAGCAGCAACAACAGCAACAAACUGAUGUUGGCGGCGAAUACUGCACUCAAAUCAAUCCGCAUUAUUUGCAGACCUUUGACAGUCUCGAUCCCAAUCAUUAUAGCGUGGCAAAUCUGCAUUCGCAUCCACGUUCUCAUCGCAGCCAGUCAAAAUCGCAGAUUUAUAGCUACGGCAGCAGCGGCACCGCCAGCGAUACGUCACAACAGCAACAGCAACAGCAGCAGCAGCAUCCACACUAUCACAGCAGCAGCAACAUAGCACACAUUGAGCACCACUAUCAACAGCAACCAGAACACAACAGCCACCCACACCCACACCCAAACCAGCAGCAGCAACAGCAACAAUCACAAUUGACACACCAGCAACAUCACAGUUUGAAACACACAAAACACAGCAAGAGUCACAAGAGCAAGCACAGCUCUAAGAAUAGCAAGUCACAGGAUGACUUCAAAGUCAUGCAUAAGCAGCAGCAGCAGCAGCAGCAAAAGUGCAGCAACAGCAGCAACAACAAGCAACCACAGCAGCAGCACUUGAAACGCAACGGCAAUAACGAGUUGCCGCCACAGCAACCGCAACAACAGCACUAUUCAAGCUCCAGUGAUAGUUUACCAUUUGAUAAUAACUAUUAUUAA